AUGACUGGACGCGGAAAAGAAAGUGAAGGACAAAGCAAAGGAGGCGCUAAACGCCAUAGUGAAGUGCUUGGAAACAGCAUGCAAGGAAUUACCAAGCAGUUGAUUCGUCAUCUGGCUCGUAGCGCUGAAGCGAUGCGCAUCUCAAGGCUCGCGUAUGACAAAAUUCGGGAAGUGUUGAAGGUGUUCCUCUGGAGCGUGACACGAGAUGCCAUGGCCAUCUGUGUCCGGCGAGAAGGACCGUGA